AUGUCUGAAUGUUCAUCUAAAGAAUUUGUUCAACUGAAAACACCUGAAGAAGGAAACUGGAUUUCCCUUGGACGGGCGUUGACAACACAUCUCUGCCAAGGCCUUCGCCCUUUUAUAAAGAGAGAAACUGAGGCCUUCUACAAUAAUUUAAGGGCAGCAAUUGCAGCUGGAGCGUGCACCUGUGUUUAUGAUCCGGGAAGGAAACCAAAUCAGUACCAUGACAUGGGAGCCUGCAAAUGGGCAAACGCCCUUCAAGGUUACCACCUCGGAAGAAGGCUGAACUGGAAGCAAAGUGAUUCCAGUAAAUGGUUGGACCCAAAUAUUGGUCCUUGGGAGAUAGUUAAACUUUUCCUCCCAGAUGUCGGAAUUAAUACGGUUAUAGAAAGUGUCGAUGACUUGGAAAUUACCAAUAUUCUUAACUUAAUGUUCUGGUGCAAUCAUUUCACCGUCCAGCGCCCACUGAUAAAAGAUGUUCGAGACAUUCGAAACACAAAAUGGGCUCAUGUACUAAAGCUGGAGUUGUCCGAAAUAGAAAAGAAGGAUGCUUUUGACGCAAUUGAGGAACUACUCAAAGAUCCAGCCCUUGCGAGUGAUUUAGAUGUCCGGAAUGCCCUACAGGAAAUCUCAACUCUGAAAAGCACAAAAGAGACGUGCACAUUUUCAGAGCAGAGGUUUUGUACCGUUUUAAACAGGUGA